UGACACAAAAGGGAGAAUAUUCCAUACAAUAUAUUGCUAAUAUCUAGCUGACAUGAUACAUUUACAAGUAAUUAAUGAAGAAAUUUUAACAAUAUACAAUGUUCUGAGUGGAUUUGGUUACGAAAAAUAGCCUGUAAUAGUAUAACUUUUCAAUUAAGCAAUUGCUUUUUAAUGGGAGAAUAAUACUACUGCAAUAUUCUUUUUAAAUCGUAUGUUUAGCUAGCUUUACACCUGAUGCUGAGGGUAUGGCGAGGAACAGAACAGCCCAUAGCUGCUGGUGGCCCAAAUCGUAAUUUCACUUUCCUGAAAUCAUUAACCAAAGCGUGUGGAUGGAAAUUGGAAACUGUAACUAGCCGUCACACGGUUCAUUUGAGCCACCAAAUUAGAAUACUGGUCAACACACCAAUCGCGAACGUUCCCGAGUCCACGUGUCAACAUCGGGUUGCACUAUGUCUUUGCAAGCGCACAGUCCCAGUAAUUGUAGCAAAAUCCAACAGAACACAACACAACACGUCUUCUUCAAACCUAUCGCCAGCCGACUAAGACCGACCAUUCUCUGCCACAUCACCAGAACCACCCCAUGUUGCUCAUCCAGCCUAUCGAGAACCACCACGUGUCCCAGCCCAACGGCUAGUUUUCCUGCUUGCUAUAUACACUGGAGUCGUCGGAACCUCGAGUACUUUCUAGUAAAACCAUAAAACUCAGAUAUUUAUAACCGCUUUUGAGAGAAGAUUUCUGUAAUCGACCUACUAUUUUGGGGUGAAAAAAAAAACUAGACAUUUUGUAAAGUGGGCGUCGUACUCGCAGAUUGUGUGAAGAUUAUAUAUAUAUAUAUAGAAGAUAGUUGGAAGGCGGUUUUUGUUUCCUUGUUCAGUAAGCCGUUACAUCAAUCUCCAUUUACUGUCUAUUAAGUUUGGGUUCUACUUGUACAAGCAUAUAUUCGUCUCCAUAGUUGAGUAGAUUUGAGACUCAAAGUUGAGAUUUUCUAUCGGUAUUCAUUUGCUGGGUUACUUGGUAGUAGGUUAAUUGGUGGGAUUCUGGUAAGGCUAAGUGUUAGGAAUCAGAUCUUGGAGUGUAGAUUCGUGGAAAAUGGCGUUUGGGGAUUCGGAUGAAGGGUACGGAAUGGGGCUGGUGAGGAGCACUUCAUUUGGGAGGAAAAGGGUUUUUUUGUCGAGUCACGGUAUGGAAUUUGGGGAUGAUGAUGAUUGUGUCAGUCUGAAGAGACGGUGCCCUCAAGAUUCCAUAUUUUGGGGAGAGAAAUCUGCGCUCGAGGACUUGCCUCAAGAAAUACUGAUUAGGAUACUGUGUGGUGUGGAGCAUGACGAUUUGAAAAGGCUGUUUUUUGUGUCUAAGGCGAUUAGAGAAGCGAGUGUAAUAGCGAAACAAUCCCAUUUUGCGUACAGCACGCCGAGGAAGACGGUGGGAUUUAAGAGUUUGGAUGAAUUGAUGGAGAUGGAAGCCCCAAAUGCUCCAAAACAGUCGAGGGCUCCACGGCAGAGAUUGAGUGUGAAGAAUCUGGCCGACAUUUCAGUCGCCCUCUUCGCUGAUGGAGAUCUAUUUUCCGAGAAUUGAAGAGUCAUUUUUAUUUUUUUGUAGAGGAGCAAUUGUUGGUUGCUGUUUGGAUGAUCUGAUUGGAUUCUGUCUUCAACUCUUUCCAUUGAAGAAUUGGGGCGGCUUGGCUUGUCUCUACUUUGUAUGUACAUGUGUGGAUCUCAUGGUGUAGAUACGACAUAUAGGCGGUGUAUAUGUUGUAAUUUAUUCAACAGACUUAAUAAGAAUGAGAAGUGCUCAUCGAGUCAUUUAAAUGGCCUUUUGCUUA